AUGGAGGAACCCCAGGAACCUCUGAAUGGGAAGCUCCGGCUCUGUUUCUCCCCCGCUGCCCGGACCAGCCUCCUCCUGCUCAGGCUCAACCACGCGGCGCUGCGUGCGCUGCAGGAGUGUCAGCGGCAACAGGUCCGGCCGGUGAUAUCCUUCCAAGGCAGUCGCGGGUAUCUUAGGUUCCCAGGUCCUGGCUGGUCCUGCCUCUUCUCCUUCAUAGUGUCCCAGUGUGGUCAGGAGGGUCCUAGUGGUGGCUUGGACCUUGUGUACCAGCGGUUGGGCAGAUCUGGCCUUAACCGCCUCCACUGCCUGGGCCCACUCAGGGAACGCCUCACCUUUUGGGCAGCCAUGGAUUCUAUCCCAGCCCCAUCUUUAGUUCAGGAACACAUCCUGACUGAAGAAGCCAGAGAUCCAGGGAGUUGGCACAACACUGGACACGAUUCUGAAGGAGGCACAGUGUCACAGCCACAGGUGACGCUAGAAGAGGGGCCGGAUCCUCUGGCAAGCAACCAAGGACAGUCACUCCCAGGAUCCUCCAGGGACCACAUGGCACAAUGGGAAGUGAGGAACCAGACUCAUCUUCCCAAAAGAGAGCCUGAUCAGAGACUGCCUUCCUCUGCCAGCCAGAAACAUCUGUACAGGAAACGGCCAGCAUCUGCAGCCGCUACAGGACUAGAAGAAAAGAGGCUCAGAGCUCUGCCUCUAGCCUCAAGUCCCCUACAAGAGCUGCCCAGUCAGGACCUCCAAGAGGAAGACUGGGGACAAGAAGAUGAAGACAUGGGCCCCAGGCUGGAGGACAGUCCCUCCAUUCAAACAGACUCUGAAUCCCCAAGCCCUGAAGAGGUACCAGACUACCUCCUGCAAUACAGGGCCAUCCACAGUGCAGAGCAGCACCAUGCCUACGAGCAGGACUUUGAGGCAGAUUAUGCUGAAUACCGUAUCCUGCAUGCCCGUGUUGCAGCUGCAAGCCAAAGGUUCAUCGAGUUGGGAGCAGAGAUCAAGAGAGUUCAGCGAGGAACUCCUGAACACAAGGUGCUGGAAGAUAAGAUCGUCAAGGAAUAUAAAAAGUUCAGGAAGCGAUACCCAGGUUACAGGGAAGAAAAACGUCGCUGUGAGUACCUGCACCAGAAAUUAUCCCACAUUAAAGGGCUCAUCCUGGAGUUUGAGGAAAAGAACAGGGGCAGCUAAAGCCAUCAGGGGGCUCUGGAUCUCUGCCCGGUGCGAGAACGAAGGAACAAAGCCUCCGCAAACCGAGUGCAACUGUCUGCUUUUCUUAUCGCUGACCUCCCUCGAGUCCGCGGCAGCAAGUAGGAGGGCUGCUCUAGGUUCCUGAGGUUUUUCAUUGUUGCCGUAUUGUAAUUUUUAGGGUUGGGCACAGUGCCAAGACUCCACAGCUGUGCCCAGGAGGAGCAGCAGGGGCUUGGUUUCUUCACCUUUAGGUCAGUCAAAUCAAUUUCACAUCCUGAGAAAUGACACCAUUUCCAGGACAAGAUACCUUGAGGAUUUUAGACAAACUAAGUGAAUUUAGCCUAGAAGCCUCCCUAAGGAAAUGAUAAUGAGAGCUGUUGGUAACAAGCUGAAGAACUUGUAACACACCUGGAGGUCACGGGCACUAUCUCACUGAAGGGAAAGGGCUUGGGUGUUACCCACGUACUGAAAGUGAAUUCUUUUACAAACAUGACUGAAAAAUUAAAACUGCUUCUGUGUCCUUUGUACAAGUUUAUAUGCUGUUGUUAAAUCUUCCAAGGCAGUGGUUCCUGUGCCUGCCUGGCUGUACAUAUGAUCCGUUCUACUGGCUUUCUAGAGGCCCAGACGUUCUGCGUUAGAACCUCCAAGAUUAUGGUGUUGGCAUCUUUUCAAAGCACUAUGGAUAGCCUUGACAUAUAUUUUGUUAUAAAUGCUCUACCAAAUCCACCUUAUAACUGACAACUGGAGAUUACAGUAGAAUAAAUUUCUCAUUUCUAAACAUAGGUGUUUAGAGGACCACCUAAAAUUAGGGCUCCUGUCUGGAGUUACCUAGUGGCUGAAAAUUUUGACAACAGGUUUUGGCUUUACACACAAAAAUGAAGAGGGAAAUGGUUUAAUUAAUUUGAACAAAGGGAGCCCACUCUACUUCUAUCCCUUUCAUUCCGCCUUGUUGCAGAAGUAGUUCCACUGGAGACAGAAGUUAAUGGGCCACACCCUGGGCUUUGGGGGAGAGAGCUGAAAACAGUUCGGAUGGAACCUCAAUUUGAGGCCACACCCAUGCAGGGCAUCCACGCAGACAACAGCCCGGGGGCGGGGGGCGGGGGGCGGUAAACACGUAUAAGCUCAGCCACAUGGCAGGAUAAACAGCAGCCCAUCCUUGGGGCACAGGCAGGGCCAGAAACAGCCAACAGGAAAGGUCCCCCACCUGUUCUCAGCAUUAGGCUAGGGGCUUGGGCAAUAAACAUGUAAGGACAGAAAGAGAUGAGAAAUUCAGAUUCACAGGUGACAGCUCUGAACCCAGUUAUUUGGUCUAGAGCUGCACUGAUCAAUACGGUAGCCAAUAGCCUUACCUGUGGCUACUAAAAUGUAAAUUAGUAAAAAAUGUUCCUAGCCA